AUGCUAAAUAACUUUAAAUAAAACAUAAAAACUACUACUUAGAAACUCAAAGUACUGUCAGAUUUGCCUUAAAUCUAAUUAAAAUAUUAAAAAACUUUAUAAAACACAUAAAUAUCCUAAAAACUGACUUUAUUAACUGAUAAUAAAUAUCGUCCUUCUCCAUUUUUAUCCCAUUCUUUUCUAUAAAGUCUUUUUAAUGUUCGUUACAGUCGAAAUUUGAUAAUAAAUUAUAAAAGAGAAUAUAUAAAAUUAUCUGACGGGGGUUAAAUAUCAUUAGAUUGGGCAAAUCCGAUUAAUAAUUAAAACCAUUAAGAAUAUGAGCCAUCUCCUGAUACUAAAAUUUUAUUUAUUAUACAUGGUUUAACAGGUGGUUCCAAUAUGAAUUAUAUAAAAUCCAUUGUUUAAGAAGGAUAAAAAUAAGCAUUUAGGUGCGUAGCAUUUAAUUCUAGAGGAGUUAAUACUGAAUUAAGCACUCCUUACCCUUUUAAUGGUAUUUGUUUGAAAGAUUUAGAUUAUUCGAUGAAUUUAGUGCAUUAAAGAUACCCAAAAGCUGAUAUUUUUGCAGUUGGGGCUAGUUAUGGGGCUAAUAUGUUAAUUAGAUGGGCUGGAAAUGUUAAAGGAAGUAAUUUUUUGAAAGGUAUAGUGGGUUUAUCUACUCCUUUUUGUAUAAAAUAAUGCAUUUAAUCAAUGGGUUAUAUAUAUGAAGGAUUUUUUGUUUAAUUAAUGAAAAAUAAUUGUAUAAAUCCUCAUAAAGAAAUUUUAGAAAAAUUAAAAAAUUCACAUGGAAUAUGUUUAAAUAAAUUGCAAAAAACGCGCACUAUAAAAGAAUUUCAUAGUGAAUUUACAGUUAAACUAUAUGGAUUUAAUUCGGUAGAUGAGUAUUUUAAUUUAUCAGAUAUAACAAAUACACAUACUUAAAAUAUAUAAGUUCCAACUUUAUUAAUGCAUUCGAAAGAUGACCCUAUUGUUACUUAUAAGUGUGUACCUUAAGAAUAAUUAUUAGAAAAUAAAAAUAUUAUUUAAGUUGAAACUAGUCAUGGGGCACAUGUUUGCUGGUAUUAUGGAAAAUAACCAAAAAGAGUAUAUAAUUAUAUAUAUAUAUAUUUAUAUAUAUUUUUUCAUUUAUUUUAAAAAAGUGGUAUCCUAAACCUGUAAUUUAAUAUUUUAAUGUUAUUAUAUAGUAAUAAUAAUAAUAAUAAUAAGAAUUAUUUUAAUAAAAUAAAAAUUAUUUCAAAUAAUGAUUAUUUUUAUUUGUAUAAUAAAAAUUAAAUAGAGUAAAGGUUUAUUAUUUUUAUUAUAAGAAUAUAUAUUAAAUGUAAAUAAUUAAUAUUUAUUUUUGUUUAUAUUUUAAUAAUUAUCUAAUUUUUAUGUAAUCAUAAAACCUAAUUUUUUAAUAUAUAAAUAUAAUGA